GGGUGGGGUCGGGGCGGGGGAUUGGAUACAUUGUCACUCACCAUCACCCGAUGAUACUUUGUAUCUAGGCUGGAGCGGAGGUCGCACCGGAGUCGCAGGAGGAUCGCACAGGAGUCGCAGGAUGCGCGCAGGGAGCCGUCGGUGAGAGGAUGCUUGUCGCCUGGAUCCUCGGGCUGUGUGUGGCCGGAGCCGGGAGCCGCCCCAGCGCCAGGGACCUCAGCUCCGGGAUGGACUGGCUGACGCGGUAUGGCUACCUACCUCCCCCGGACCCCUACUCUGCGCAGCAGCAGACGCUGGACGGACUGAGGGACGCGGUGAAGACCAUGCAGAGAUUUGCCGGCCUGAGGCCGACUGGGAUUCUGGAUGACGACACCAUCGCCAUGAUGCACAAGCCUCGCUGCUCUCUUCCUGACAUCAUCUUGGCUUCUGGGUAUCAGAGACACCGGAGAAAGCGAUACGCUGUGAGUGGGUCCGUGUGGCAGAAGAGCCACUUGACCUGGAGGGUGGACAGUUUUCCAGUUUCUCUCUCCCAAGAAACCACAAGACAACUGAUUGGGAGCGCCCUGUACACGUGGAGCCGGGAGAGCAACCUCCACUUCGAAGAGACCAGGGCUGGAGGGGCCGAUAUCCGGGUCAGCUUCGUGCAGGGGUCCCACGAUGACGGCUACCCAUUCGAUGGUCCCGGAGGGACUCUGGGCCAUGCUUUCUUUCCUGGUGUAGGUUCCAGUGCUGGAGCCACUCAUAUGGACGCUGAUGAGUCGUGGACAUAUAAUGUGGCCGAGGGGACGGAUCUGUUUGCAGUGGCCGUGCACGAGUUUGGACAUUCUCUGGGGUUGUCCCAUUCAUCUGCAGAGAAUUCCAUUAUGAAGCCGUACUACCAAGGAACGGUGGGUGAGCACCGGAGAUACAGGCUCCCCCCCGACGACGUGCAGGGGAUCCAGGCAUUGUACGGGAAAAGAAGUGCGCACCCAGGAGCUGACGCUCCUCCUGCGCCAACCCAGCGCUACAUUCCACCCCGAGGACCUACAUACCGGCCCCGUCUCCCGUUCCCGGACCGCUGCUCCACCCAUUUCGAUGCUGUGGCCAACAUUCGAGGAGAAGUUUUCUUCUUUAAGAGUCGGUACUUCUGGCGGGUACAAGCUACGAGGCAGCUGGUCUCCCUAAACCCCGCUCAUCUGGGGAACUUCUGGCUGGGGCUGCCUCCUGAUCUGACCAGGGUGGAUGCGGUCUAUGAAAGAGCCAACGACAGCAAGAUCGUGUUCAUUGCAGGAGGCAAUUACUGGGUGUUUAAGGACACUUUGGUGGAGCCCGGGUACCCACGACCGCUCACGGAUUUUGGGCUGAACACCGAUGGAGUAGAUGGAGCUUUUGUUUGGAAGCACAAUAAGAAGACGUACUUCUUCAGACACAACCGCUACUGGAGAUUUGAUGAGCGGCAGGGGAGGAUGGACCCCGGUUACCCUCGUGACAGUAACCUAUGGCUAGGGCUGCCCAGUGACGUGGAUGAUGUCAUCAGCUGGACAGAUGGUCACACGUACUUCUUCAAGGGCCCCCAGUACUGGAAGUUCCAGGAUGGUCAGGUAGAGGCUGACCCAGGUUACCCCCACAGCAUUGCCCUAAACUGGAUGUACUGUGCAGCGGCAGCUCCUCCAGAACCCACUCAAGAACCCGAAGGACGAGGUCAGAGAGACUGCAACUGCCAGUGCCCAGCAGGGAGCGGCUCUGCUCCUCCAGCUGCCAGGGCCUGGCUCAGCGUGGCGCUCGCACUAACCCUCCUGGCUGGCACCCUGUAAGGCCAAGAACAACAACGCGCACAGAUCUGGGCUUUGCCUAAACUUUUAUUGACAGAAAGAAUUCUUGCUGUACAGAUUUCAAAAAAGGGGGGAAAAAAAAAUAAAAAUAAGACAAAAUAAACACAACAGAAGAUUCACGGAUUCAAUUCACAUUUUACAAAAUCGUCUAUGCUUAACGAAGGAGGGCAGAAGAAUGGGCACCAUCACCAAGCGGGAGGGGUGGGAGCCACGCUGGGCGAUGAGCUGGCACAUCGCCAUCACACAGGACUCCAGCCACAUCCUGCCGCCGGUCGCACGGGCAUCCACAGCGGUCUUAAGGUUUCCUCAAACCCCCAAAAAAGGGGGUCGACCUGCAGCGACCGCAGGAGAGAA